CAGAGGCUAUCCUUACAGGUGCGCUUGGACCGCCGUGCGUAAUAGUGAGCAACAAGAAAUGCGCAUUUACUUCACGAAUGCAUGAUGUAAGCCUCACAGAGGAAAGUGUGCGACUACAACUGGUUAUCUAUGCAUCCUGUUUUGUUAAACAGUGUAACUGGGGCAUGCAUUCACUUCAACAGCGGACCAACAAGCUGAUGUGAUCGGCUCCAUAUACACGGGAAUAAAAACGACGUUUAGGCGCCAACAUCGGACCAUUCGAGCUAAAGGAGUCUUUGAAUCUGAAAUGCAGCGUUUACCUGGCAGAUGUGGACGACCACCACUGCAGCCUACAGAUUGUGUCUAGGUCCUGUGGAUCUAGCAUAAUUUGGCUUGAGGGAGAAACUAGAGAGAGAAGAAAGCCCCUUCCAUCUCCACUGCGAUAUGACCUACACUGUCACAAUGCCUUUUUGACACCGGUAUGAGAUGAUUGAGGACUACAACUGUUAGAAGCUGACAGAAGCUUUUUGUUUGUGGUUACUGACACACCAUGUUUCCGAGUGAGAGCUGAUUGAAGUUGCAGUGGUGUAGUAGGCCAGGACUAAGCCAGCAGCUGAAGCGCAGACACCACGCACAACAGAGAAGAUGGCUCGUCCCGGAUCAGGGCUCAAUGGGCUGGGAUACCCCCCUCAGAACCUGGCCCGUGUGGUAGUCUGGGAAUGGCUGAACGAACAUGGGCGCUGGAGACCCUACAGUGCUGCUGUGUGUCACCACAUCGAGAAUGUUUUGAAGGGGGAUGCCAGAGGGACAGUGGUGCUGGGACAGGUGGAUGCACAGCUCUCCCCUUACAUCAUAGACCUGCAGUCCAUGCAUCAGUUUCGGCAAGACACAGGCACAAUGAGACCAGUGCAGAGGAACUUCUAUGAGCCUUCGUCAGCUCCAGGGAAAGGUGUAGUGUGGGAAUGGGAGAAUGACAAUGGUUCAUGGACGCCAUACGACAUGGAGAUCUGUGUCACCAUCCAAAACGCCUAUGAGAAGCAGCACCCCUGGCUGGACCUCACCUCUCUGGGCUUCUGCUACCUCAUCGACUUCAACAGCAUGGCUCAAACCAACCGCCAGAGCCAACGCAAACGCAGGCUUCGCAGACGCAUGGAUUUGGCAUACCCUCUCAUCAUGGGCUCUAUACCCAAAUCUCAAUCCUGGCCCGUGGGUGCAAGCUCCGGUCAGCCCUGUUCAUGUCAACAGUGUAUUCUGGUUAACAGUACACGAGCAGCUUCUAAUGCAAUCCUCGCUUCUCAAAGACGAAAACUGUAUGGGCAAGGGGGCAACGCAGGCGCUACCGGGACGUUAACAACAGUGAGACAAAGCAACACAUUCGCUGGGACUUCUCUCUGGUCACCAACAUCCAACUCCUCAGGCACAAAUGACAAUAACAUUAGUGUGGGGGGAGGACAAGCCAAAGCUGAACAGGUGCAAGUGCCGCUGUCCAAAGCCAACUUCCCCUGCUCCCCUGCGAUGCCCUCGCUCUCCUCACACGGCCACCAUGCACUCACCAUCAAUGGGCAGAACAAUCUCAACCGGCCCGGCACCCAGCGGAUUUCCAUGGGUACAGCCAGAGGAGCCAUCCCCCCAGGUGUUCCUGCUCUCCCAGUGAAGAAUCUCACCGGAUCCGGACCAGUACAUCCAGCACUCGCAGGUAUGACAGGUAUCCUGAUGUGCGCUGCAGGUUUACCCGUUUGUCUGACGAGAGCCCCCAAGCCCAUCCUGCACCCGCCCCCCAUCAACAAGAGCGACCUAAAGCCUGUCCCAGGGAUCAACGGCAUGCGGCGCAAAACCAAAAAGAAGCACCUGAGGAGAGGAAAAAAUCCUGAGGAUGUUGUGAGAAGAUACACAGACAAGAUUAAAGUCGCACCAGAUGAAGACUGUACCAUCUGUAUGGAGAGGCUGUCCAUGGCGUCAGGAUAUGAGGGCGUCCUGCAGCACAGAGGCGUCAAGCCAGAGCUGGUGGGCAAACUUGGCAAGUGUGGUCACAUGUACCAUCUGCUGUGCCUGGUGGCCAUGUACAACAAUGGCAAUAAGGAUGGCAGUCUGCAGUGCCCCACAUGUAAAACCAUUUAUGGGGAAAAAACAGGAACACAGCCGCCCGGGAAGAUGGAGUACCAUGUGAUCCCCCACUGCCUUCCUGGGUACCCUGACUCCAAAACCAUUCGCAUCGUCUAUGACAUUCCUGCUGGCAUCCAGACCAGUGAACAUCCCAACCCUGGAAAGAAGUUCAGUGCAAGAGGUUUUCCACGACAUUGCUACCUCCCUGACAAUGACAAAGGCAGGAAGGUUCUGAAGCUGCUGAUCAUGGCCUGGGACCGCCGCCUUAUCUUCACCAUUGGGACAUCCAGCACCACGGGGGAGUCGGACACUGUGGUGUGGAACGAGAUUCACCACAAAACUGAAUUUGGCUCCAACUUGACGGGCCAUGGCUACCCAGACCCCAACUAUCUCGACAAUGUCCUCACUGAGCUGGCAGCGCAGGGGGUUGGCGAAGACAACUUAAAGGACUGAUAAGCGGCUACAACUGCUUUGCUGAUUCACCGUUCAUGCCAGAGUGCAUUGCAUGAUGGUCCAACAUGCCGCCCACAAACUCAGACUGUGGAAGUGGCAAAAGAGCAGCCACAUGAUAUGGUUAUGAGUAAUAUUUUGAUUCAUGUAACCAGAGAUUUCCCCUGUGAGCAUGUAGUUCACACCAUAUUUUAAGGUGUAAGAAUGUACUGACGUGGUCCAAUGUUGGCAGCUGGAGGUCAGUGGAUGUUAAUUGCUUGUCGCGUUGCUUUUGUAGUGAUGAUGACGGUGCUGACUUUCUGUGUAAGUAGAAAGAGUGGAAAGAUGUCAAAUGGCUAACGCCUCAAAAUGAAUGUUAUUCGCAUUAAUGUUUCCACACAGCGAUGUUCAAGGAUUUGCUGUUUUAAGGCUAAAAAUAUAGCACUGAUUUUGAGGUCAAAUGAAUAAAUUUAUCCUUUUUUGGAAAUUCACUUCUAGUAAAAUAUUGUUGUUUAUCCAAUUAAAUGGAUUUUGGCUUCAAAAGUGCUCUGGGCAAUGAUGCCAUUUUAUAAGCAGCUCUAUUUAGUAAUCCUAUGGAGUGCAUGAAAUAGAUACAUGAAGGAUUUUUGUCAAUUGCAUUUGUAUAUUGUGCUUAACCUUGUGGAGUUGUCAGUUUUGGAGAGAAUUCCUAUUAUAGGCUGCAAACUGGGCAGUUUGUUGCUUGUUGGAAGAUGUGGUUAGUAAACAGAUAUGUUGCAAUCCAAGGUUAAACUAGUUUGUUUUGGUCUGUACUAUGUUCAUGCCAACUUUUGCAAAUGUACUGCCCACAUUAUGGUUCUCACUGUUUGAGCAGCCACUGGCACGACCUAUUACAGGCCCCUGUAACAUGUGACUGUGGCAAUAUUGAGAAGAGAAGAUCAACACAGGUGUCCCCAACUGAAACCACAAUGUUUUUUAAGCCCUUCAAAAAAAGUAUUUUUAAAACUGUCUUAUUGUAGCUAAAUCAGGACUACGCAAUGUUUAAACUAGGGCAUAAAAUGUGUCAUUCAGAAAAAUCUAGGCGCAAAAUUUAGUUUAAAUGAAAAAAAUGACAAACCACCCAACCAAAUCUGACUCAAAUUAGGAACAGGAAAUAUACAAAUCAACCAGGUUCACCAGUGGUUCACCAUACACGGUAUCAGUAUGGGCCUAUGGCAGCAUACAGUUUGAGAACAACUUUUAGUAUACCUCUUAAGUCAUUGCAUUCAGGUCUAGAGCUAGCUUAUUUGUUAAAGUGACUCUUACUUGAGUGCUAUUAUUAGGGCCAUUUGUAAACUCUCUUGGCUCCUUUCCACCAGCAUACAAUUUGAAUAUUACUGCAACUCUAUUAGCUGAAACCAAGUCUUGCUAUUUUCCCUUUUUAGAUUUAAUGUCCUUGAGCUAAGGACAUCCUGAAGGUCCAAGAUGGAGAAUGCUUUCUUCACUCAGAGAUAAAAGAUUAAGCUGCAUAAUUCUACAUAAAUUUAUCCAAUCAAUUAUAGUUUGCAGAGCUACUGUGUGGGCACCAACCAGCUGUGAGCUACAUUAUGGAGUGAAUCACAGUCUUCCAUAGCACUUUGAGGCAACUGUUUGAUUUCAUGUUUUAAUUGUAUUUACAACAGGUUUUUUAGGUUGGUGUUUAUAACUAGCUUGCAAUGCUUUGAAAAUUAUAUAUAUUCUACAUUUCCAGUGUUAUACGGUAUGUACCUUUAAACUUAAGCUCAGUUUGAGUCAAUGGUGUAAGUUUAUUUAUUUUUAUAUAAUCUAUUGAUAUAUUAAUGUCAGAAGAUGACUCUAGGGGCCCAGAUAUAGACCGGCACAUUUUAACAUGAAUACAUACAAAUCUGGCAAAGAGACAUUUGUCAGGGUCAGGGACUGUUGAAAUAUGUAUGACAUGUUAUGAGCGUCUAAUAAUACAAGGAGUGAAGCAUUGUACAGCUGUCCUCGUGGAGUUGUGGGUUCUCAUAAUCAAAUCUAUUGUCAAGUGUUACCCCAAAAUUCUAUUUCAUUUUUUGGCCAGCAUGGUAAUUGUCAGUAUUUGUUUAUUUAAAGAGAAGGGAAUGAAGAACAUGAUACCAGGAUAAGAAAGAAAAAAUAUUUCUUGGUGCAUUUUGAUAAAUUAGGGUAUGGUAGAAAAGUUCACAGUAAGGCGGACUUCAUUAUUAUAAUAUGCAUAGUAAUUUUGUAUAUUCUGUUGUAAACAAUUUUGUUUUUAAAUUCAAUAUCUUUCAGAAUGAUCUACCAUUGAUGCCCUUUGCCUUUAUCUGCGUUUGGAGAUGUGUACACUGAAUUGUGACAUCUUGUGGGUGUACUAACUUUAAGCAAUAAUCACUUGUAAAAUAUUUUAGUUUAGACGUAAGCAUUCUAGUUGUCAUACAACCCAUAUGCUUUCACUAUAAAUAAACAAAAAAUACUUUGCUCAAAACUCAAAUUUCUUGGUAUGCUCCUGUAAACAUCUUUUGACUCUGAACUCCACAAUUCCAAUGCCCUUUACAAAAACAUGACAACACCAGUAAAUGCUUCCAAUGUUUCAGGGAAUCUUGCGGCCUCAAGUAUCUUUGCGUUUCCAUUUGUCAGUUUUAACUAACAUGAGUGACGCCGGCCCUUUAGACUUUUCAGGUGUGUACAGAUUCUGUGGACUUUUGUUUGUCUCAAAUAAGUCAGAGAUGAUGGUGUUUAUGCAAUUUACUCUUUUGUCAAAACAUAUAUAUUCUUCAUUACUUAUGUGUAGCAACAUGGCAGAUCUUUGUUUUUUUCAAUGACAAUGGAUGUUUUCCUUAUGGGGUGCCUACCUCUGUUUUUAAACUAAAGGUUGAGAUCUGAGGAUGUCCAUGCAAUGUAUUAGAAAACAUAUAUUUUUAUGUCUUUUAUGACUGAUUGUGCUUAAAAGAACUAUAACAUAACAUUGUUGUUUAUCAAUAUGUGUUACAUACAAUAUUUGUUUUAUAUUGCAUUACAAAUGACAAAAUAUUUGUCCAGGCAUUACAUAGUUCUAUAUAUUCCACACACCGAUCAAGUAUAACUUUAUAUAUGUGUAUAAUAACUUAAAAGAAAUGUAUGGCUAAAGGAUUUUCAACAUCUCAAAAUGUUUAGUGGUCCACAUCCUCAAAUGCAGAGCAAAGAUGAACCCGUGGUGAAUCAGCAGCCCAUGGAGAUAACUUGACCAGCACACCUUGUCGCUCAAACCAGUAGAUUAAUGUUGAUCCUUUUAUAGGAACGUGUUUGAUGAUGGUCAUUGUUAUACCUGAUCGGUGUAGAUCUUCUAUGUCCACUGCAAACUGUGCUACUUGCUCCUAAAUGCUGUCUUGCUACAUUUGUGUGAGAAUGAAUUGAAUUUGGGUUCAUGUCCUUUAAAAGUACAGUAAUGUUCUCCUAGAGGUGCAUGUUAACCUGUGAGCAAAUCCAACAAAUAGCCUUUUUCUGUGUACAAAAUGUCAUAGCUUCAGUAGGAGACAUCACCAGAAUAGAGUGGUGACUUAGCACUGUGCAUCUUUAGCCGAGGGAGGAGUCACGGAGUGGCGUUUGGCUGCUCCCCUCGCUCCUCUGACCUGUAAACCACAUGAUUGUUUUAGCAUUUUCAAGUGCCCAUUUCACACUUUCUCUUGUAAACAGUGUCUUCAUAUUAACACAUAUAUAGUCACUGGUUCAACUAUAAAGGGCUUCUUAUUCCUAAUCAGUCUUUAUUGGAUGGUGAUGACAUUGUUGCAUGUAUGUGUCUUUCUUGUGGAAAAUAAACAUACCCACAGCAGGGGAAUUGGUU